AUGGCAGACCCACGCUUCGCAGCCCUUUCCAAGGACGCCAAGUACCGACUGCCCGAUAAGAGCUUUCGCAGAAAGGCUACAGUCGACCGGUAUGGACGAAAAGUCAAGGCCGACGAGGGUCGCAAAGAUCUGGAGAGGCUGUACAGGCUAGACAAGGAAGAGAAGCCUGGUAGGAAGGGCAAAGAGGUAAAGCGAGAAGUGGUUGGGAGCGACGAGGAAAGCAGUGAGGAGGCUGAAGUGGAGGAGGGCGCUGCAGCAAAGAGAGACCCUGCGAGAGAAGGUGGCUUCUCACAGUCUGAGGAGGAAAGUGAGGAGGAUGACGAGGGGAGUGAAGAAGAGGCAGAGCUGGCAGGGGAAACUGCUGGGCAGGAACAGACUGAAGAUAUUCCAGACGGAGAGGUAUCAAGGCGUAUAGCCGCCGUCAACCUGGACUGGGACAAUCUGCGAGCUUCAGACAUCUGGGCUGUGGCUUCAAGUUUCGUACCGGCCAGUGGACGAAUACAGAGAGUGAGUGUGUAUCCGAGCGAGUUUGGGCGGGAGAGACUCGAGCGGGAGGAGCUGGAGGGACCGCCGAAAGAGAUCUUUGCCACCUCGAAAGACGCCGAAGAUGACGACGACGCAGAGGAGGAAGAGGAGGAAGAUCCGGAGGACGAGUCCGAAGAUGAUGGAGACGAAGACGAGCGCAUCAAGCGUGAUCUGCUUAAGGAACAAGCAGACGACGGCUCCGAAUUCAAUACUGCUGCCCUGCGUCAAUAUCAGCUUGAGCGCCUCCGCUAUUACUACGCCGUGAUAGAAUGCGACAACAAAUCUACAGCAAAACACCUUUACGACAGCAUGGACGGAAGAGAGUACUUGACCACAGCCAACUUCUUCGAUCUCCGCUUCAUACCCGACAGCACAUCUUUUGACUCGGACAAGCCGCGUGAUGAGUGCACAACCUUACCUACAGGAUAUAAGCCAAAUGAGUUCCGGACUGAAGCUCUCACGCACUCGAAGGUGAGGUUGACAUGGGACGAUGACGACACGACCAGGAAGGAAGUACAGAAGCGCGCCUUUUCUCGUGCCGAGCUAGACGAGAAUGAUCUCCAAGCAUACAUCGGCAGCGAAGAAAGCGACGCCGACAGCACCACCUCCCGCAAAUCCGCAGCAGAAGACAGGAAAGCGAGAAAAGCGGCAGAAAAACGGAAAGUUAUGCGUGAGAAGCUCGGCCUGGGUGCCGAUUCUGCGGCUACGAGCACGAAGGGCAGCAAAGCGGAGCCAGUGGGUGAGAUGACAGUCACUUUCUCCUCCGGCCUUGGCAAGAAGAAGAGCGAAGGCAAAGAAGGCGUCUUCCUGAACGGGCCACAAGACGAGGAGAGUACACGCAUACGCUAUAUUCGCAAAGAAAAAGAGCGAAAGGCCAAGCGCAAGGAACGCGCCAAGGGUCGCGGUGGCGAGGCAGACUCAGACGCCAAAGAAGCAGCGCCUGGCGCUUCAAACAACGAUGCUGUGGACGACGAAGCAGAAGACGCCGGCUUCAACGACCCUUUCUUCAACGAUCCCGCCACAGCCGCCGCAGCGGAGAAGAAAGCUCGGAAAGCGGAAAGACUGGCUAAACGGGAGGCUAAAGCCGCCAAGGAAGCGGAAGAAGCGGGUAAGAGGAAGGAACUCGAACUUCUUAUGGCGGGAGAUACGGCGGGGGAUGCGGUCCGGCACUUUGAUAUGCGGGAGAUUGAGAAGGUGGAGAAGAAGAAAGGGAAGAAGAAGGUUGUUAAGAAGGGCAAGAAGGGUAAGGAGGAAGAGAAUGUGGAGGGGGAUGUUGGUGGGGAGACAGAGGCCUUCAAACUCGAUGCGCAGGAUCCGCGCUUCGGGGCGUUGUUCGAGAGCCAUGAGUUUGCUAUUGAUCCUUCUAAUCCGCGGUUCAAGGGGACGGAGGGGAUGAAGGGGCUGCUUGAGGAGGGGAGGAGGAGGAAGAGGGAUCGAGGAAAUGAGGAGGUGGAUGUGGAGGACGAUGAGAGGAUGGUGGAGAAGAGUCUGAAGGUGGCCAAGAAGGGUAAGGAAGGCGGUGAACUUGGGGGGUUGGUGGCGAGGCUGAGGGAGGGGAAGAAGGAUAAGGGCAAGAGGUCGUAG